UGACCCAAAAAUGGUCAAAUUCAAGGUGAGCAGCAGAGGGCCGGUGACAGCAUCGAGCAUGUCGUGGUUCAGCUGGAACGAGCCGUACUAUCGGAGCCCAAGACGUGAGCCGUCUGAAGUGGUUACGGACACCCUGAUGCUGGAGCUGAGCUGGCAGAUGAAGGAGGUCGAGAGACAGCAGCGGGAGCGAGACGAUGAGUAUCGGAGGCUGAAGAGCGGCGUGGACUACAGCUGGCUCAUGAGCACACCACACAGCUCAUUUGACAUCAGCCAAGGAGAGAGACUCGGCCUUGAGGACCUGUGUAGCAAAGUACCACCAUCAUACUGCGGAUCUGUAAUACAAAGGUUUCGGCAGGUGCUGAUGGAGAAUGAGCCUGAGGUGCAGGAGGUUUCCGGACUCUUCCGCUCUCCCGAUAUGAAUAUAAUCCGUGGUGGAAAUAAACUGCGUGGAAUAUAAAUGACUCUUUUUCAUUUCUGUGAUCAGUGCGUCUGAAUCAAUAAAGAUAAACACCACUGCGCAGCCAUCUUGUUUACGUCAUACAACCUACAUUAUCCGGGUACUGUUUAACAGCGCA